UGAAUGUUUUGUGGUGGUGCCGGCAAAUUUGUCGCAUCGUUAUUGUCAAAAUCGAUUAAAUACAUUAUUGAGCUACCAUUAUACGAAGACAUAAUUCAUAACUAAAAGGAUCUGAUUGGAAACACAAUAUUAUCUGCACCAACAAAGUGAAAAGGAAGCGCAUAAUCCCUGUUCAUCAAAUUUACAUUUUCCUACGUUUAAGCGGAUAAAGUGUGGAUUUUAAGCCGUAGCCAAAAAAGCCGAAUAUACCGACAACGAGGCAUUAAUUUGGGAACCCAGGUACUUUCAUGGACUCUUUACUGUGAGUUGGGUUUGCUAAGCAGUAUGAACUCCAUUGAAAAAUCAAAGCUACAGAGGGGCAAAACAACAUUUGUUUGCAGAUUAUGUCGAAGGCCUCAUGGACUUAGGGUCUGUAAGAGAUUUCAAAACUUGAACGUAUCGGAAAGAUUGGCAGCUGUGAAGAAAUAUGGGUAUUGUACAAAUUGCCUCGCCCAUUCCCACUCUCAGGGGUCCUGUUUCACAAGGACGGGCUGUACACAUUGCCAUGAAAAACAUCAUUCACUCCUUCAUGUGAAUUCACGACUUCGUAAAAGUUUGUCUUCUUCUUCUACUAAAACGGAUCAACGGAAAAUGUCUAGACACUCAUCUAUUGGAAUUCAACCAACAACGGCCACGCGGAGGGAAAAAACCGAUACGAAAGAGUCCUGUGAAAAGGACAGUUUGCCUUCAAUUUCCAUGUCUCUCAGUUCAAUUCUUCAACAAAAUGCAGCAACUUUGCUUCCUACAGCUAUUGUAAAAAUUCAGACAAAAGAAGGAAAACGUCUAGCCCGAUGUUUGCUGGACACGGCCUCCCGCAUGAGUUGGAUUUCCAAAAAGUUUGCAGACAAGCUAAAUUUAACAACCCUAGAGCUGGACAAUGAAAUUAUCUGUCCCGUCACUUUAUGGUCAUGUGUUGAUUCCAACUAUAAGCUUAAAGCCACGCUGAGGGUCAAUAAUCGGAUCAGUACAACCACCCCCAAAAAAUCCCUACCGGAAUCCAUCAAAUCCAAUUUCCAAAACUUAAUCCUUGCAGACAGCAAUUUCUACAAAUCCUCUGCUAUAGACAUUGUAGUGGGGGUUGACAUUUAUUCUCGUAUUGUUCUUGAUGGCAUCUACAUAAAAACUGGUCUUCCGACAGCCCAGAAUACUGCAUUUGGAAUGAUUUUGUAUGGUACAUUUUCACCUUAA